UCUCAUAAGAGCAGUUCAUAAAAUUUCUUAAAAGAAAAUCCAAGAAGAUUUAAUUUUCACAAAAUAUAUACAUAAUAAAUCCGUAAACGAUAAUAUUGCAAAAUGUCCCUAACCGAAAUAUCAGGUUUCUUUCCGGAAUAUUAUUUGAAUUUGCGAAAUGUCGCCACCGAAACUGAUAUCGAAAAGAUUUCCCAAUGCACCAGUGAUAAAAAGCGCAUGGAAUACAUCGAUAGUCUGGAAUUUGUUCGCAGCAAUGACCUGAAAAUUGAACGAACUUUUGAAGGGAAAAAUAGUUCAACAGCAGCAGCAUUGAAGGAAAAGGGCAAUCAAGCAUUCAAGGCUAUGAAAUGGCUGGAGGCUAUGGUGUUGUAUUCCAAAAGCUACAUUGCUUUACCGGAUGAGAAAAGUGCUGAAAAAUCCAUAAUUUUGGCUAACCGGUCUGCAACUCUAUAUCAUAUGACAAAGUACGACGAAACUUUGUUGGACAUUCAAAGAGCUAUGGAUUACGGAUACCCCAAGGAUUUGAUUUACAAAUUGUAUGAAAGACAAGCAAGGUGUUAUUUGGCGAAAAAGAAUUUCAGCAGUGCCUUAUUGGCAUUUCAAAAAACUGUGUCUACAUUAGAUGAUGCGAAGUUACCACAAGACAAAAAGGCAAAAAUGAAAUUUGAUGCAGUUGCAAUGAUAACAAUGCUCCAAAAGGAUCCCAAGGCAACUAAGAACGCUGACAAGCACAAGGAAGCAAUGGUAAGCCCUGGCAUUCCAGAUGAAAAGUCUUUUACCAGCUCGGCUAUAAAAAUUGAUCAAAACAAAGAUGAAGGACGAUUUGCCAGAGCUGCUCGGGACAUCAAAGUUGGUGAAGAGAUUCUAGUGGAACACCCUUUUGCUGCGGUGCUGAUUGAGAAAUUUGCAAAAACUCAUUGUGAAAAUUGUUUUAUAAGAACUGUUAUUCCUGUGGCAUGUCCCAACUGCUGUGACGUAGUUUACUGCUCUGAAAAAUGCUUAAAACAAGCCCGUGAAUCUUAUCACAAAUAUGAAUGUGGCCUGUUGGAAACUAUUUGGCGAUCUGGAGCGUCUGUAAAUUGUCAUCUUGCUUUGAGAAUCAUCGCAAGUCGGCCUUUGGAGUGUUUUAAAAAAAUUAAAGAUGAGAUUGAUGUUGCAUUAUCGAUCGAAGACAUCAAGAAAUUACCAAAGAAUGACUAUAGAUGUGUAUCGCACUUGGUUCGCCAUGAAAAUGGACGAACAGCCUCCAACUUCUUCCAACACGCCCUAAUGGCCCGUUUCCUAACUAAAUGUCUUCAAGUAUCCGGUUACUUUGGAAACCCAGCUAAUCCUGAGGAUAUCAUCCUGAUAAGUUCUCUGAUCUUGAGGAAUUUACAAUUUAUUCAAUUCAACACUCACGAAAUAUCUGAACUUCAUACAUCAAAAACUAAGCAGACUGAAAAGACAGUGUUCAUUGGAGGUGGUAUUUAUCCAACCUUGGCUCUAUUCAAUCACUCCUGUGACCCCAGCAUUGUAAGAUUCUUCCGAGGAACCACAAUUCAUGUGAACACCAUUAAGCCAAUUGAAUCUGGACUUCAAAUAUCUGAAAACUACGGACCGAUGUACACUCAAGAGACUCGUGAAACGCGUCAGGCCAAACUCAAGGAUCUAUAUUGGUUCGAAUGUUCGUGUGAUCCCUGUUUGGAGAAUUGGCCACGAUUCGAGGAAAUGAAGGUCGAUGUCAUUCGAUUUAGGUGUGAUGCGGCCAUGGCAUGCCCGGCAAUAAUCGAAGUUCCGGUGAAUUGUAACGAUUUUAUGGUAAAGUGCGUGCAUUGCGGACAGAAUACCAACAUUUUCAAGGGACUUAAAGUAAUGCAGGAUACUGAACUAAUGACCAGAACAGCCAAACGUUUGUAUGAUGUCGGUGAAUACUCGAAUGCCCUGAAGAAAUUCAUUGAUCUACUCAAGAUUAUGAACGAAGUCUUGGCUCCACCUUUUCCAGACUAUUGCCAUUGUCAGCAAAGUCUAAAAGACUGCUUUUUGCACUUUGGAAAUUCAUAUGAUUUGGAAUAGAAUAUUAUUACCAUUGAAAGUCUCAAUAAAGUUUAUUACAAGUUCUUAA